AUGUCUUGGCUCGCGGGGUACGGCAAGCUCGAUGACGAGGAAAAUGAUAAUCUAGGCGUUGACUGGGUGUUGCAGUACGAAUUCGGCAGUAUCGACCAAGCACAGGCAAUAACAGAGUUUCGUACGCUAGUUAGCGAUCUGACCGAAGCUGGUCUUCGCGUUCAGGUCCGACAUGGCCAUGGGUCUUCGCUAUUGAUGUGUUUGCGGAUGCCCCGGGACCAGCUCGGGAAAAUGGUGCAUCAGUCAAGAGUGAAAGACUGGUUGUUUGGGAUUAUACAUACCCUACCAACUGGCGAGGAUACCGUACACGCCGAAACACCAUCCGAAGAGUUGCGAUCGGUAUACCACGCUGUUACCUGGAGUAAAGAGCUUGGUGGUGCAGGGAUUACACCGAACCAUGGAAAAUGGAGCAAUGUCACCGCGUCAUUCCCACUGCACGAUCAAGACGCAUGUUCGGCCAUGCUGCGUCAAUGGAGUCGGAAAAAUCAUUUGACGAGUGAGGAUUUGGACGCGAUUCGCGCCAUGUUUGGCGAAAAGGUCGCGUUCUAUUAUGCCUUCAUUCAUUGCUAUUCGCAAUUCUUGCUUGUACCCACGGUCCUGGGCAUGAUUGGAUGGAUGUACUCAGGCCCUUAUUCCAUCAUCUACGGCAUCUCGUUGUGUAUCUGGUGUGUGGUGUUUGUGGAGUUCUGGAAGAUCCGGGAACAUGACCUGAGCAUGCGAUGGGGAGUGAAAGGUGUCGGUAGUUUGAAGGUAAACCGGGCUCAGUAUCAGUGGGAGAAGGAGGUCCGCGACCCUGUUAGUGGUCAAGUGACCAAGGUGUUUCCCGGUUGGAAGCAGUUCUCGCGACAGCUACUCCUCAUUCCAUUCGCUUCAAUCGCUGCCGUUGCACUUGGAGGUCUCAUCGUCGUGACUUUCGCAUCAGAGGUUUUCAUCUCGGAGGUCUAUAAUGGCAAGCUCAAGGGAUAUCUGGAAUUCGUGCCGACCAUCCUCUUCUCGCUGUCACUACCCGCCAUUACCUCUUUCCUAAACAGCAUAGCAACCCGCCUGACCAAAUACGAAAACUACCGAACACAAGACCUUUUCGACCUUGCCCAGACGCAAAAGAGUUUCAUCAUGAACUUCAUUACCUCCUUCCUGCCAACCCUCCUCACAGCCUACGUCUACGUUCCCUUUGGCAAACAGAUUGUGCCAUAUCUGGAUAUUCUGGGACGAAGUGGCGUCAUGGACAUGGCCCAAAAUGAGUUCGAGGUAGAUACGUCUCGAUUCCAGCAGGAGGUCAUCUACCUGUCCAUGACUGCGCAAGUGUUCGGGUUUUGCGAGGAGAUUGUCAUCCCCUACGUGAAGCAUGUGCUCUGGCAGAAAUGGCGAAACUACCGCGAUCGGCAGCAUGGCUUGACCCGACAGCGCAGCUUCUCCACCGCGACCGACAUGCUUUUGAUCGAUCCUCCGGGCGAAGCCAAGUUCCUGAAACGAGUACGCAGCGAAGCCGACGCAGAUGAGUACAAAGUAGAAGACGAUAUUCUGGAGAUGUGUGUCCAGUUCGGCUAUCUUGCUUUGUUCGGUGUUGCAUGGCCACUCGUUCCCCUUGGUUUCACUCUGAAUAACUGGCUGGAAUUGCGAGGCGAUUUCUUCAAACUCACCCUUGAGUGCCAGCGACCCCCACCUAUCCGGACAGACUCCAUCGGUCCUUGUAUUAUGGGACUGGAAUUCCUAUCUUGGUUAGGUACACUAUCCACCGCAGCGAUCGUGCACCUAUACCGUGGGCCGAUAGCCGAGGUCAAGCUAUCCUCACUACUGCUAACCGUCUUCAUCGCGGAACAAGCCUAUCUCAUCGUCAGGUUCACCGUCACAACGGCCCUCCAAAAGAUUUUCAAUGAUACAUUACGUCGGGAGGACGCCCGCCGAUAUGCAGUGCGCAAAAACCUCUUAGAUGCCAGCCAGGCUCAGGGGGGACCCGGAUCCCCUGAAACUCGGGUACGGCAGCGCGUGCGUUUCCACGAACGAGUCAACGUUUACGGAUCAGAAACUACACCCCCACCUGAUGGUAGUUCUUCGCCAGAAGUGGAGAAGCCGCAUGAUGAUGUACUCCGUGGAUCCGACCGCGAGGCCGAGUUUUGGAAUGGAUUGUCGUGUGACAUAUCGGACGCAGGCGUCAAGAUGAUCCGCGCACUCGCACCCAAAAGUGAUGAGCCCAAGUGGACGAAGGAGGCAUAG